AGAAGCAAGAGCGUAGGAAAUAAUAAGCUUCGUGUCAUUGGUUAUCGAGGAUGUUAUCAGGACUUUCUUGAUGGACGGUUCCCGCCAGCAUCUGACAAAUGGUGUAGCAGUUCAGUCUCAUGCUGACUCGCGACACCGAGCUUGUUCCGAACGGUUUCUCUCGUGAAAACAUGUCGUCCGCUAUGAACUUGUCACAGGCGAGCGUAAAACAGGUGCAGGAUUUCUUGAAUUCGUUCGACGUCGUCUUCUCAGAUUGUGAUGGUGUCAUUUGGUAUCUGGGCAAACCUAUUCCCGGGGCAAUUUUGACGGUCAGUAAACUGCAGCAGAUGGGAAAGAGGCUAUAUCUGGUGACGAAUAACAGUACUAUAAGUAUAGAUCGAUACUGUGAGCAACUGAGGCUAAAUGGACUAGUCGUUAAACCGGAGCAAGUAAUAAACAGCGCGAAGGUGAUCAGUUGGUAUCUGAAGAAGAUUCAAUUUUCGGACGAGGCGUUUGUAAUAGCUUCGUCAACGUUUCGACAAGUCUUAAUUGACGAUGGUAUCAAACUGACACCGUCAUCCCCUGCAGUCGUCGAAGGGAAUGUGGCUGUCACGAUGAAAGCUGUCCAAGAUAGAUCAUCUGUCAAAGCAGUGAUUGUCGAUUUCUGCUUAUUUUUUGACUGGGUAAAAUUAGCACACGCAAUUUCUUGUCUGGAAAGGAAAGAUGUUCUGUAUAUCUGUGGGACCAAAGAUGCAUGGAUUGUUUAUGACUUAGACAAGAAAGUCCUAGGUCCUGGACCUCUGAUAAAUAUAAUUACACAGUACAGUGGAAGAACGCCUAUAGAAUGUGCUAAACCUAGUAAUGUCUUGAAAGAUUACAUUUUGGAAACGUGUGAUGUAAACGAUCCAAAAAGAUGUUUAUUUAUCGGUGACACGAUAAAUCAUGAUAUGGAAUUUGGGGCCUUGUGUGGAUUUCAAAAAAUGUUUGUAGAUACGGGUAUCGAUACAAUACAAGAGGCGGAAAAAGAUAAAAAGACGCGACCAGAUUUCUAUAUUCCGAGUUUGGAAUUACUGCACCCCAUUAUUGAUUCGUUGCAUAACAAUUCUACGAAUGAGAACGAUAGUCAUUAA